AUGCCUGAGCGAGAAGACGUGGCGGACCUGCUGUCCAAGUGCGUGUCACUAGAGCGGGACAGCCCAGAACGGGCGGAGAAGGCCGCGCGACUGAAGAGUGGCGUCCAGAAUGGCGCUACCAAUCUGUUGCAAUUGGUCGUGCUCAUGGAGAAAUAUUUGACGGCCAACGAUGACUCUGUACGAGCCCAGGGAGUGGCAUUGCUUGCAGAGAUCGUGUCAUCUGGGGUCAAGCUGUCCAGCUCUGAACAGCAACAUCUUGCAGACUUCUUCACGUCACGUUUUGCUGACUGGGCUUCUCUCAACGGGGCAUUGGCAGGUUGCCAGGCCCUCCUGGAUGGAGAGCCAGAUGAGGAAAUCGUUUGCCUCGUUGCUGAGUCACUGACGAUGGAGCUUCAUAUACAGCAACACAAGCAGGCUGACAGGCAACUUGCCUUGAAGCUGCUGCUGAAGCUCAUAUCUGACUGGGGCUCCACCUUGGUGCUGUCAGCACACAUGAGUGUUCUUGAUGCAACGAUCGCUGCGGUGGAUGGGGAGAAAGAUCCAAGGUGCCUAAUGCUGGCGUUCGAGUGUGUUGCGGUAAUACAGACAGGUGGCAUGAGCUCAUACACUUGA